UGUUCCCAUCUUAUCUGCCCAACCAAACUUAGCGCUAGUGUAGUAAUUAAACACGUAAGAGCAGUCACACACUGAAACAUUAUUCAAAGUCAUGAGAAAGUAUUGUGUUUCCAAAGCUAAUAGCUAUGCUAUUGCUACCAGUUCCAAACCGGAACGCCCCCACACCGUUGUGCUGCUAACGGCGUACACGCCAGGUGCAUGCGCAACGUACUCCGUGUGGGCCAUCCCACUCGUCAUUGCCGUCGUCGUGGUUCAUAAACCCAUGCUAAAACCCCCCACGUCCACACACAACGAACGCCCUUCCACUUCCUCCAUAACUGUUCACUCUCCCUCUCUCCCCCCACCCCCCCCCUCUCUCUCUCUCUAAAACACCGAGCUCUCGUUCAUGCGGUGAAGGCGGAGCUCGAAUACGAAACCAGCUCCGGCAAGCGAAUUCCGGUGGCGGCAGACAAUGAGCUCUCUGUCCGAUCAAAGCCAGCAGCUCUUCGACUACAGGAGGAAGCUCCGUUCGAAGCUCCCCCAGCGGAAGCGAUGCCGUUGGCAGCUCUCUCCUCCGCUUCCUUCCCUCUCGCUCGACUCCACUGUUUCUCGGGAGAUGAAUGAUGAUGUGAAGAAGCUCAGAAGAAGCACGCAAUUGUGGAACCGACCGCACGAUGAGGCUGGCGCCUCUGAGGUUACAGAGGUCUCCUCGUCGUCCUCGUCGUGGUGUGGAUCCUCGUCUAGUGCCUUGAAGUGGCCGGAGAAGAGGAUUUCCGAACAUAAGCAUCCGAAGGUGAGUGGAGAGACCGAGGCUUCGGAGUCAGUUGCACGAUCGGAGGUCUCUUCCGUUCACCAGCAGCACUCGCCGACGAAGUCCGGUGAGUUCUCCAGCAAAUUGUGUCAGAAAAUUCCGGAGAAUGUCGAGGAGAACAGGAGAAUUUCCGUUGAAUUCAAAGAGAACGACGUCGUUUCGAUCACGUCCGCCGUUGGAUUCUGCCACGAGACAGGUGCUGCUUCCUCAUUUGCAGAGCUUCAGGAGGAAAGGACAAAACGGGAGGAGGACAGAGCAUCGGAAACCGAAUCGAGCUUCAGAGCUUCGACUGUCGAUCAGAAGCCGAAGAGCGUCAGCUUAAAGUAUGACUCUGACCUCACAUGCACGGAGCAGUUGACGUACGAUGACGUGCCGGACUACUCUUCCAGUUACGUCGAGUCAUUCUCCGAUCUCCAAUCGGAGAUAUUCCUGGACACUAGUGACUACGAGUUUUCGGGCUCUCCGUCUCUCUCGUUCGACUCGGGAUCUCAAUUCUCUGAGAAGUCAACUGAAGAUUCAACUCCAUCUUAUACCUUUGCUCUGCUGCUCCAAUACAGAGAGCAAUUCUCGAGGUCAAGCGCCGGAGCCCUUCCGGUCGGAAAAGCAACCUCCGCUAUCAUCAGCGAAGACAAGGUGAUGAGUUUUGGAUUUGAUGAUGAAGACGCAGUGAGCUAUCUGAUGUUAAGAAACAGAGAGAGGAGGCAGGUGAUCCUGUGGAAUUAUGAUGACGAGUACAGCGAGUGCGUCAUCGACCAACGGUCACGAAUGGUCCACUGGAUGAUUGAGAAAUCCAGAUUAGCAAAACUUCACAAAGAAACUCUGUUUCUAGCAGUUAGCAUCUUUGACAGAUUCCUCAGGGUGGGAUGUUUCAAAAGUCAGAGAAACUUUCAAAUUGCUGGAAUAGCCUCUCUCACACUCGCCACAAGGAUCGAAGAAAAUCAACCUUACAACAGUGUGCGACAAAUGGUUUUCUCUGUGGGGAGCAAUGUAUACGGAAGAUGUGAAGUUGUGGCCAUGGAAUGGCUGAUUCAGGAGGCUCUGAGCUUCCAAUGUUCUUCGCCCACUGUACACAAUUUCUUGUGGUUCUACCUAAAAGCUGAAAGAGCUGAUCAUCAGUUGAACAAGAGGGUCAAGGAUCUAGGGGAAGUCGCUCUACUGGACCAUGAGCUCCUCUGCUUCUGGCCUUCCACAAUUGCAGCCUCUCUUGUGAUCUUGGCAUGCUGUGAAGAUGCUGCUGCUGCUCAACGAGUCAUUUCGACUCACGUUAGAACACAGGAUGAUGAUUUAACAAAAUGCAUAGAGGUACAGUAGCUAGACUACAGCUUCAUACGAGUUUGCGGUGGCUGAUAAAGUAUAUCUGCUAGCACUGGAUUAGUAGCUGAAUAAUUUCGGACCACGGUAAAGUUACAGCUCAAUGCUCUGAUCGUCUUUUAUUUCCAUGCGAUCAAUUCUUUCAUUCCCUUCAUUCCCCUUAAGGAUAGGGAUCCUAAAGCCUUAUAGGUUAUAGAUAUAUACACAGAUACGAUUCCUUUGUUUCGCCAUAGAUCUUGGCUCUCCGUGUAACACCAUAAAUCGGUUCCAUUCUUUUGACCCUUUUACCAGCAAGAAGUUGCAAGGCUACUCUGCAAAUUAUUAAAAGGUUGAAAGACAUCCUAUAAGUACAAUAUGGAAGUUUUGU